UUUCGAGCCGCUAAGAUGAAAUCGUGGGGCGAAACACUAGGGCGCGGUGCGUCCGCCCACUUUUCUCGCGUGGGGCGACUGCGCCGCGCUCUCGUGCUGCUGGCGGCAGCAGCGUGUACAGCUGCCGCGUUGCUGUACUGGAGACAACAGAGUAACGAGCUCACCCAUAGGCCAUUACACAACGUAUACACUGGCGUAGAACCGCAAUGGACUUGGAUCUGCCGAAACGACAGAUGUGAACGUAUGCUGACGUCGGAAACCACAGUGUUGCAAUCUUUACCCACGUGCAAUAUGUUGUGUGCCUCGACACAGCUUUGGCCGCAACCAACAGGGCCUGUCAGUCUCGCCACAGCCGCAGUGCCAAUCAAAUCUGAAGGAAUUUCUCUACAAGUCACUGCUUCACCAUCGCAUGACGUCGAUAGGCAUUUACAUGAUGCAUUUGCUCUUAUGAAAGAAGAUAUGCGUAAUCUGGAGAAAAGUAUUAGCGGCGAAAACAGACGUAGUGAUAUAGGGCUUCCUCGUGAUAUGCUAGUACGCGUUGCAGUCAACGGCAGCGCAGAUCCCCGUAUGCGCCUAGACACUGAUGAGAGCUACAAGUUAAUAUUACGGCCAGUAGCCAAUACUUUGGUAGUGGAUAUAACAGCACAUUCAUUUUGCGGUGCUCGGCAUGGUUUUGAGACCUUAUCUCAACUAGUUUGGAUAGAUCCUUACGCACAAAGCCUAUUAGUUCUUGAAGCAGCGACAAUAGAUGACGCACCACGGUUUAGGUAUCGAGGAUUUCUACUGGAUACUGCACGAAACUAUUUUCCAGUAGGUGAAUUACUGAAAACGAUUGAUGCGAUGGCGGCUUCCAAAUUAAACACGUUCCACUGGCAUGUCAGUGAUUCACAGUCGUUUCCAUUAAGGUUAAAUAGUGCACCACAAUUGGCACAGCACGGAGCAUAUGGACCAGGUGCAAUUUACACAAUGGAUGAAGUCAGAGCAAUAGUCCGUCGUGCAAAAUUACGGGGUAUUCGCGUGCUAUUAGAAGUUGAUGCACCAGCUCACGUAGGUCGCGCUUGGGAUUGGGGUCCUGCGGCGGGACUCGGUCAUUUAGCAUAUUGUAUAGAAGCCGAACCGUGGAGCGCCUACUGUGGUGAACCUCCAUGUGGACAAUUAAAUCCACGAAAUCCUCAUGUUUAUGAACUCCUAGAACGCAUUUACGCCGAAAUUAUUCAGGUAACUGAAGUCGAUGAUUUAUUUCAUCUAGGCGGUGAUGAAGUUUCGGAACGCUGCUGGGCUCAGCAUUUCAACGACACAGAUCCAAUGGAACUUUGGUUUGAAUUUACACGUCGAGCUAUGACUGCGUUAGAGAGCGCCAACGGUGGCAAAGCACCAGAAUUGACACUGUUAUGGUCGUCUCGAUUGACACGUUCCCCGUAUCUGGAAAGACUGGAUCCUAAACAUUUCGGAGUACAAAUAUGGGGCGCAUCAAGAUGGCCGGAAUCUCGAGCCGUUCUCGACGCCGGCUUCCGCUCAGUGAUCUCACACGUGGACGCGUGGUACUUAGACUGCGGAUUCGGUUCAUGGCGUGACAGUUCCGAUGGACACUGUGGGCCGUACCGCUCGUGGCAACAGGUGUAUGAGCAUCGGCCGUGGAUAGAGGAGGCACCGAUGCCCGCCGGCGUAGGAGAUGUAUUGCCCUGGAAAAUAGAAGGCGGUGCAGCGUGUCAAUGGACUGAACAGCUUAGUUCUGGCGGUUUGGACGCACGAGUGUGGCCUCGUACAGCUGCGAUGGCGGAGCGUCUGUGGUCGGACCGAGCUGAGGGCGCGGCUGCGGAUGUAUACCUGCGUCUAGAUACGCAGCGUUCGAGGCUAGUAGCUCGCGGCGUCCAUGCUGCACCACUAUGGCCGCGCUGGUGUUCGCACAACCCACACGCCUGCCUAUAGCCAUCCACAACAUCCUCAGCGCCUUUCGAUUCGCGCCUCCCGAAAGCCAUUGGCGCUCUCCGUGGCUAACAGUUAUAGAACUGACGCAGCUCGUUCGUCGAGCCUAUUAUUUUAUUCAACGCCAUCUAGUUUUAAAUGUCACAAAAGUUACUUAAUGAUAUCUACGUUUAUACAAUGAGAGAAUAUUUUUCCUUGAUUUAAUGGCGUCUCAAAAUUGCGACAGGUUACAAUGUAAACUUAAUUCGAUGUUAUGACUUUAUUAUUAUAGUAGAGAGAGGCUGUCACAAAAUCUAGUUAACGAAUGACAUUUUUAGUGUUUAUACACUACGACUUUUGUUGUACAUAAGAAUAGAUAAUUAUGUUAAUAUACUUAAGGGAGUAGAUAGAAAUUUGUACAGCGCUUAUGAUUAGGUAGAAUGAUCACAAACAUGAAAACUUUUUAGGAUUGAACAAUAAGUAAACUCGGUCGACUUUGAAUAGAACCUUAGAUAGUUCUAGGAUUUAAUAUAAAAAUAAAACUUAAAGCGGACAACCGAUUUUAAUUGCCCACCGAUUUGUCCGACUACUACCGACAUUAGGCUGACCGCACAUUAGCUCCUAACGCUUGAACAAUAGCAGAUUGCACGGUUGGGCCGUUGUUAUUCAAUAUACAGGCCUGCAGACGCUAAACCGCAAAAAUAUUAAAAAAAAAGUGACACUGUUAUAAAAUAGCGUUAUUGUUUCAAAAUUUUAUAGAGACUU